AUGUUGAUUAAUGAUGAUUCUUUAUAUUUGUAUAAUCUAACCUUGAAACCUGGGUCUCAUUACACCCAAUCUAUUGUUGGCCAAUUUUAUCCAUCGAUCAAUGAUGAUAAUGAUGAUGAUAGGAAAAAGAAACCUCAACAAUUGAUCCUAGUAUCAUCAACCACAUUACAACUUUAUGAAAUACUUCCUGACUCUGGAAAACUACAAAUUAAAACAUCUCAAAAUUUACUUGGUACUAUAAACAAAGUUGAAAAGAUAAGUAUUGAAGAAAAACAUGACUCAUUGGUGAUUACUAGUGAUUCAGGAAAUAUAUCAAUACUAGAAUAUUCAACAAAAGAGGAAAGGUUUAUUUCUAAAGGACAAGAAUCAAUGACUAAAAAUGGAUGGAACAGAUCAUAUGUUGGUGAAUAUUUAGCUAUUGAUCCAGAAAAUAGAUGUAUUUUAGUAUCUGCCAUGGAAAGAAAUAAACUAAUUUAUAAAAUUGAAUCAAAAGAGUUGAGUUCACCUUUGGAAUCCACUAGUAAAGGAGUGUUGACAUUGGAAACAGUUGCAUUGAAUACUGAUCAUGGGAAUCCUUUAUUCGCUGCACUUGAAAUUAAUCAGGAUAAAGAAAUUGUAUUAAACUAUUAUGAACUAGAUAGAGGGUUGAAUCAUAUAGUUAAGAAGAGAUCAUCAGUUCUGGAAAAGCCCCCGCAGGAUGCAAACCAUUUGAUUUCUUUACCAGGACCUGUUGGUGGUAUCAUGGUAUGUGGUAAGAACUGGAUGUUUUAUGAAAACUUCGACUCCUCACAAAGAAUUUAUCUUCCAUUACCUAGAAGAAAGGGGAAUGAGGAUUCAAUAAUUGUCAACCAUGUUACUCAUAUUUUAAAGAAGCAAAAGUUUUUUGUUUUGAUUCAAAAUACUUUAGGUGAUUUAUUUAAAUUGGUUAUUGAAUAUGAUUCAGAUAGAGAGAUCAUCAGAGAUAUUACCAUUACUUAUUUCGAUACUAUUCUUCCGUGUAUCAGUUUAAACAUUUUCAAAAGUGGGUUAUUAUUUGCAAAUGUUUUGAAUAAUAAUCGUUCAUUAUAUCAAUUUGAAAAACUAGGAGAUGAAUUAACUGAGACAGAUUUGAUUAUAAAAUCUUCUGAUUACGAUGAUUACAAAAGCGUGAUCAAGCCUACCAAAGUUAUAACAUUUGAUCUCAAAAGUUUGACAAACUUGGCAUUGAUUGAUACUUUGGAAACAUUGAGUCCGAUCCUAGAUGCAAAAUCUAUAGACUCUAAAUUGGUAACUUUAUCUUCUCAUUCAUAUUUGAAAACAGUCACUCAUGGAAUUCCCACUUCCACCAUGGUUGAAUCUCCAUUACCUGUGAUACCAACUGAUAUAUUUACCACAAAAUUAUCAUUUGAAUCUGAAAAUGAUGAAUAUUUGGUUAUUUCAUCCUCGUUGUCUUCCAAAACAUUAGUGUUGUCAAUUGGCGAAGUUGUGGAAGAUGUGGAAGAUUCCGAAUUUGUAUUAGAUCAACCAACUAUUGCUGUUCAACAAGUGGGGAAGAAUUCAGUAGUGCAAAUUUACACUAAUGGUAUCAAACAUGUAAGACAAAUUAAUGGUGAAAAGAAGAAAAUAACAGAUUGGCUUCCACCAGCAGGUAUAACAAUUACCCACGCUGCUACAAAUAAUCAACAGGUAUUAAUUGCAUUAUCCAAUUUAGAAGUUGUCUAUUUUGAAAUUGAUCAUUUGGAUGAUCAAUUGAUUGAAUAUCAAGAAAGAUUGGAACUUUCCAGUUCAACAACAGCUCUAGCUAUUGAAGAACAUACUAACAAUCAUCAUCAGAGUCCAUUUGCAAUCAUUGGAUGUUCAGAUGAAACAAUUCAGGUGGUUUCUUUGAAACAGCAAAAUUGUCUUGAAAUUCAAUCCAUUCAAGCAUUAUCAUCAAAUUGUUCAAGUGUUAAGAUGAUUAAACUUGGGAAAGAUUUAAUGGUCCAUAUUGGUAUGAAUAAUGGAGUUUAUGCAAGAAUUAAAAUUGAUCCAAUUAAUGGGAAAUUAUCCGAUAGUAGAAUUAAAUAUCUAGGUUCCAAACCUGUCAAGUUAAACAUUGUGAAAAUUAAUAAAGAAAUCACUGGGGUGUUGGCUGUUUCUUCCAAAUCUUGGAUUGGCUAUUAUUAUAAGCAUGAAUUCAAAACCACUCCAUUAUUAGACAUUUCUGUAUCAUUAAUUGAUGGUUGUUCAUUUCUGAGUGAAGACAUUGGAGGUGAUGCAAUCGUGGCAAUUUCAGGUAAUGAUUUAAUUAUAUUUACCCUUGGAUCAGAAGAAGAUGAAGGAUUAUUUGAUCCUCUGAGAGAUUUCACUAUAGCAAAGACUAAAUUAAGAUAUACACCAAGGAAAUUGCUAACUUAUGAAGAUAGAUUAGUUGUAGCAGAAACAGAGUAUAAUAUCAAAGGUCCAUACAAGAGUAGUAUUAAUGGGGAUAUCAAAGAAACUAUUGAUGAAGAACAUUAUGAAACAUUUGGAUAUGAAAGAAAACCAAAAUCAUGGAGUAGUUGUUUACAAGUUUUUGCAACUAAUGAUCUAAAUACAGUUUUACAAAGCAUUGAAUUUAAAUCCAAUGAAAGUAUAGUAUCUUCAACAAUGGUUAAAUUUGAUAAAAACUCCCCAUAUAUUAUAAUUGGUAUAACUACGAAUCAGACAUUUUUACCUAAUUCCCAUGGUAAAUCAUAUUUAUUUACAUUUAAAGUAAGUAAAAACAAAACCCUUCAGUUUAUGCACAAGACAGAAAUUGAAGAAAUCCCACAAGUUGUAUCCAAUUUCCACAACAAACUAUUAGUAGCAAGUAAGAAUAUCAUAAGAUUAUAUGAAUUGGGUCAAAAACAAUUAUUGAAAAAAUCAACAACGGUAAUUAAUUUCCUAACAAAUAUAAUCAAAAUCAUCCCACAAUCAAAUCGAAUAAUCAUAUCUGAUUCUCAUUCAUCAUCAAUAGUUUUUGCCAAAUUUGAUAAUUUAGAAAAUCAAUUCAUCCCCAUUGCAGAUGAUAUAAUUAAACGACAAGUUAUUUCUAUGUUUCCAAUUGAUUCUGAUACUAUUUUAACAAGUGAUAAAUUUGGUAAUUUGGGAGUAUCUAGAAUUGAUGAAAAUAUAAGUAGACAAAUUGAAGAAAAGAAAAGAAAAGAGCAGAUAAUGAAUUGA